GUUGGUAUAUCUGAGCUUUGUUGUGCUGGACCUCUCCAUGCCCAGUGCAAAGUAGAAUGGUACUUUGGGAUACCCUGUCAAGUGGUUUAUGAAUCGCUGGUUUCACAGAUUAAGAAGUGGGGAACCAUGGCUGGCUGCACAAUGGGAGGACAGAAGUGCCUGUACAAGCUGCAGUCUGCCUCUGUCCACUUUAUAGCUGCCAAACACACCACUCCCUUUAAGAGUUAUGUGGAUGACAUCAACUUCCGACUGGUCUCCCAUCAUUUCUUCACUUGCUGUCAUGUUUCGGCCAUGUCCAUCUCCGAGACCUGGUAUGCCAUCAAAGACCACGGCACCAACUACUGCAACCUCUACAACCUCAUGGAAGGAAGUGGUCUAACUGAAGCUAGAGGUUAUAAAGAGGUCACUAGUGACUUCCUGUGUACCCAGCGCUCCUCUGCUAACUGCACUGUCUACUGA